AUGGCAUUAGAUUCUUAUGAUUUAUAUGUUGUUAUAAUAUUAGUUGUUGCAGUAGCAGCAUAUUUUGCCAAAAAUCAAUUUAUUUCAAAACCAGAAUCAACAGGAUUUUUAUCAAAUGAUAGUAAUGGAGGAACAAAUUCAAGAAAUAUUUUAGAAACAUUACAAAAAAAUAAUAAAAAUGCUCUUUUAGUUUAUGGUUCACAAACUGGUACAGCAGAAGAUUAUUCAAAUAAAAUGUCAAGAGAAUUAAGUUCAAGAUUUGGUUUAAAAACUAUGGUUGCUGAUUUUGCUGAUUAUGAUUGGGAUAAUUUUGGAGAUAUUAAAGAUGAUAUUUUAGUAUUUUUUAUUUUAGCUACUUAUGGAGAAGGUGAACCAACUGAUAAUGCUAUUGAAUUUAUUGAAUUUUUAGAUAAUGAAGCUGAUACUUUAAGUAGCUUGAGAUUUACUGUAUUUGGUUUAGGUAAUUCUACUUAUGAAUUUUAUAAUGCUAUUGGUAGAAAAGUUGAUUUAAAAUUAGAGGAAAAAGGAGCUGAAAGAUUUGCUGAAUAUGGUGAAGGAGAUGAUGGUAAGGGAACAUUAGAUGAAGAUUUUUUAAGUUGGAAAGAUGGAGUAUUUGAUUCAUUAAGAAAUAAUUUAAAUUUUGAAGAAAAAGAAUUAAAAUAUGAACCAAGUUUAAAAAUUAUUGAAAGAGAUGAAUUAACUACAGAAGAUAAACAAGUUUCAUUAGGUGAACCAAAUAAAAAAUAUAUAAAUACUUCUGUUGGUACUGAUUUAUCAAAGGGACCAUUUGAUCAUACUCAUCCAUAUUUAGCUCCAAUCACCAAGAUUAAAGAAUUAUUUAAUUCAAAAGAAAGAUCAUGUGUUCACGUUGAAUUUGAUAUUAGUGAUUCAAAUUUAAAAUAUUCAACUGGUGAUCAUUUAGCAGUAUGGCCACAAAAUAGUAAUGAAAAUAUUGAAAUAUUUUUAAAAGCUUUUGAUUUAAAUGAUAAAAAAGAUAAUGUUAUUGAAUUAAAAGCCCUUGAUUCAACUUAUCAUAUUCCAUUUCCCACACCAAUUACUUAUGAAGCUAUUAUAAGACAUCAUUUAGAAAUUAGUGGACCAGUAUCAAGACAAUUUUUCCUUUCCAUAGCAGCUUUCGCUCCUAAUGAAGAAACUAAAACAAAAUUAACCAAGAUAGCAAAUGAUAAAUCAAAAUAUGCAGAAGAAAUUACUUUAAAAAAAUAUAAUAUUGCUGAUGCUUUAUUAUAUUUAUCUUCAGGUGAACCAUGGACAAAAGUACCAUUUGAAUUUUUAAUUGAAAAUAUUCAACAUUUAACACCUCGUUAUUAUUCAAUUUCUUCAUCAUCAAUGAGAGAAAAAUCAAAUAUAAAUAUUACAGCAGUUGUUGAAUCAGAAAUUGAAAAAGAUAAAAGAAUUGUAAGUGGAGUAGUAACAAAUUUAUUAAAAGAUAUUGAAAUUAAUAAAAAUAAAUCUGGUGAUAAACCUUUGGUCACAUAUGAUUUAAAGGGACCACGUUCAAAAUUUGAAAAUUUUAAAUUACCUGUACAUGUAAGAAGAUCAACUUUUAAAUUACCUUCAAGUUCAAAAACUCCUAUAAUAUUAGUUGGUCCUGGAACAGGAGUAGCACCAUUAAGAGGAUUUAUAAGAGAAAGAAUUACUCAAUUAGAAAAUGAUGUAAACGUGGGACCAUCAUUAUUAUUUUAUGGUUGUAGAAAUGAAAAUGAAGAUUAUUUAUAUAAAGAUGAAUGGAAAGAAUAUUCAAAGAAGCUUGGUGAAAAUUUUGAAAUUGUAACUGCUUUUUCAAGAGCUGAUCCCUCAAAAAAAGUUUAUGUUCAACAUAAAAUUUUAGAAAAUUCUGCCAAGAUCAACGAAUUCAUAAAUAAUGGUGCUAUCAUAUAUGUUUGUGGUGAUGCUGCUCAUAUGGCUAGAGAUGUUCAACAAGCUUUUAUUAAAAUUAUUUCAAAUGAAAGAAAAAUUGAUUUGGAAAAAGCUGCUGAUUUGGUAAGAAGUUUAAAAGUCCAGAAUAGGUAUCAAGAGGAUGUCUGGUAG